AUGGUUGCUACUCGAAAGCAGGAUUAUGGAGUAGGUCAACCGGUUUCAAAACAUGAUGAUAAACUUAAAGAAAAUGGUCACGAUCAAGAAUUUGGUGGUUCUUCUGAUUCUGAGUUACCAUCUACUCAAAAAUUAAAUAUAAACGUUACUCCUUCCACUUCGAGACGGCGACGUGUCAAUCGAAAAUCUCAAGAGAAGAAACCUGAUACGAUUAAUUUUCGUAAACAAAAAAACCCUUCG